UAGCAGACCGUCCCCCAUCCCCCUUCCCUCCUGACUUCCAUCAGCUAUGCGACCUUGAUACUACUUGGCCGGCCCCCUCUCUUCUCUCUGCUUGUGAAGAUGUGUCGUGUCCGCCGUAGGCAUGGGAUGUCCAACGCCACACGCCGACGCCACAGGGAUUGGCUUCUAGGCUCCUUGGUCUGUUCCAACAGCUGGUCUUCUGCUUUCUGGUACUCCUUGGCUUCGGUCUCGACACAACUCUGCUGUGCUCUGGCUUGGGUGCUAGGCAUCGUGGUUUCUAGACUGCGCUCUGACUUUGACUGUUGUGCUCGCCACUGUUCUUUGUCGGUCGGUCUCGGGUUCGACUGUAUAGAAGGUGCGCUGGUGCUCAUUGACGGAUGUUACACUUUGGCUGACCUUCGGCUGUCAGACGACCUCGACGUGGCGCCGCUCUUGUCUCGACUCUGGAUCAUUCGACAUGGGUACCUGGGUGUGCUCUGCUUUGCUACUGCGCGCGUCUUGGUGGUUUCAACGCUUGGGUCUUCGACGCUCUCGUACUCUUCGAUCUGUCGUGUUGUCGCCCUCUAUGCUCGGUUGUGCUCCGUGUCCUGUCCGCCUUCCUCAACCCCAAGACGCGAGAUUCAAGUUCCCUCCAAGACUAAGGGUCAAGGUCAAGAUGAAGACUGAAGACGGUCCUCGGCUCGGUUGUCUGGCUCUGGCUCUGUUCUAGCUCAUGGCUUGGUUCUCCCCUCGGCCCCGCUUUGUCUACGAUCUCAACAGCGCUCUGCUCUGGUUCAUGAUCUCGCC